CCUUAACCCACUAGCUCGACCGGGUUCGGGUCAACCCGCGGGUUGACAACCUUGCCCGGCACUAAUCCAGGUCAAACAUUUUGGCGCCCACCGUGCGGCCUGAUUUGGUAUUCUUCUCGUUUGGUUUCUGAAGGAGAAGAUUACUAGGUAUUCUUCUCGUGGGGCCUUAUUUGGUAUUACUCAUAUGUCUAGGUAUUUGAACUCGUUAUAAUAUGACUAUCUCAUUCCAUAAUUUCAUAUGAUGCUUUCCAUUGGAUUCUUGAAUUUCGUAUCCCUAUGUUAUGCGAUUGAUGCUUGUUCAUUUGAUGCUUAUGUAUAUGUUUUUUUUUUUAUGUAAAUGUGAUCUAAUACUUACUAUCAUUUAUGCUUAUGAUUCUAUUGUAUUCUACUAUAUGCAUUGCUUAUAAUUUCAUCUAAAUUUUUAGGACACUACUUUCUUGUGAUAUCCCAGUUUCCUAUGUGUGUAUGUGAGGAUUGAUAACCCAUACAUACAUGUAUAGAAUCAAGGCUUUAUUUUUAGAUCAUCAAUGAUAUAGACAAUGUGUUAUGGCUCACGAGGCCCACCUUUAACUAUGUGUUGUUUUUACUUCUUUGUUCUUCAUUGGUUAGUUGAGGGCUUGAAGAAAAAAGUGCGCAUUAGCUAAUUAUUGUUUCUCUCACAUAUGACAGGAGGUUAGUUAGGAAUGUUUUAGUAGAAGGGAUGGAGUAGCAUAAUAGAUGUUGCAUUGAUGGAUGAUAUGAACGGGAAUUGAGAUGCAUGUUAAUAUCGAGUAAACUUCCUAUUCAAUUGCCUUUAUUUACUUUUAUGAUUUGAUUUACUUUUCUUUGCUUUAUUACAUGAAAAUCACCUAAACAAAUCUACUUUAAUUGUUGUGUCAAACAUGAGUAGUUGGAUGUGAAUGUUAUACAUUGAAUGACCUUGUAGAAUAUGACCCUGGUUUAUCUAGGAUUUUGUUACUUACAUUUCACUAUAUCCAUAGCGAUCAGCUGCCGUGGUACUCAAGGAGCACCCAAGAAUUUCUCCUUUGUAUAAAUAUGAUGUCUGUAGGUUAAAAGGAUAUACAAUUAAAAGCAAUAACUAUGGGAACAAACACACAUACAAGCUUCCCUUCGAUAUAGGCACUCAUUUCUCCCGGCCAUUUCUUUCCUUCAUCCUUAAAUUUCCCAAAAUUUAAGGUCUCUAUUCCAAAUUUUAUGAGAUCAUUCAAUUUAUGUCAACCCCUAUCAUCUUUUCUCUUUUCCACCAAGUCCAAUUUCUCUCUUUCUUCCAUUUUGCUACAACCAUCAACUUCCAUUUUCAGGGAAAAUAGGAAGAAAGAAAAAGAGAAACCCAUCCAUAGAAGGGGAAGAAGGCAUAAAAAAAAAUGAAAGGAAAAAUACAGUAAUACAGUUGCCUUUUAGAAUUAGCUAGUUUUUCCUAUUGCACAUCCAUUGAUGUUCAUCAUUACACAAACUUUGAAAUUUUCAAGAGAGAGUUCAUUGUUAUCAUUUGCGAGAAUGCCAUGAUUGCUCGACAUUGGACUUUUUUCGAUUCGAAUUUUCGUGAAAAAAACACGAUAAUUUUGUUGUGUGUUCACAUCCUUAUUUGUUGUUAUUGGAUGAUCAUCACCAUAGCAAGUGAGGUUACAACAAAGGUUUUGUAUGAUUUUCAAGAUGAAGGGAUCAAUGAGAAUUAUGAUUUUCUCAAGGCCACAUUUUUUAUUCAUGCUUCUUGCUCUGCCAAGUUUGGCUCAAAAUGGUGUUUCAUUGGAUGAAGAUGAUUACAGUCAAACAGGAAAUUCAGCCUUGCUCCCUAGCACCACAAAGUUGAUUUACAACCACCUCUCCAGCCUCUCUACAGUUUUCAAAAAGGACAUUGAGAAGAACUUAGGAUAUUGCGUUAAAAAUGUGAAAACAGAUUGGAAUGGGGCUUUCAAUUUUGAUGGACAUUUGGAAUUCUUAACAAGUUGCAUUAGAAAGACAAAAGGUGAUGUGGGGCAUCGAUUGUGUACAGCAGCAGAAAUCAAAGUCUACUUCAGUAAUUUUUUCGAUAAGGUUGAUAAGGAUGUCCAUCACGUUGGCCCUAACAAGAACUGUAAUUUGUCAUAUUGGUCUCCCGGAUGUGAACCGGGAUGGGCUUGCAGCACAGGAACUAGUCAGAAAGUUGAUAUAAAGACAACAAUCAUGCCUUCAAGGAAUAAAGAUUGUGAACCAUGUUGUGAAGGAUUUUUUUGCCCACGAGGCCUCACUUGUAUGAUUCCUUGUCCAUUAGGUGCAUAUUGUCCAAUGGCAAGUCUCAAUAGAAUAACUGGAGUAUGUGACCCGUAUGGUUACCAAAUACCUCCUGGAAAAAACAAUCAUACAUGUGGAAGUGCUGAUUCAUGGGUGCCUGUUGGGGAAGGAGGAGAACUUUUUUGUUCACCUGGUUCAUAUUGUCCAACUACGACUAUUACUAUUCCUUGCAGUAGUGGACAUUACUGUCAAAUGGGAUCAACCUCUCAAACAUCUUGCUUUAAGUUGACUAGUUGUCCUCCACAUACUGCAAAUCAAAAUCUUCAUGCUUAUGGAAUCAUCCUUAUCGUUAUUCUAACUACAUCCCUACUUAUAAUAGUGAAUUGCUCAGACCAAGCUCUUUCCACAAGAGAAAGAAGAGCAGCAAAAAGGAGGGAAGACGCAGCAAAACAUGCACGUGAAACAGCACAAGCCCGCCACAGGUGGAAGGCAGCACAAGAUCUGUCAAAGAUUCGCCAAAUAGGGUUGCAGGAGCAAAUUUCUAGGACAUUCUCUCGCAAAAAGUCCAACAAACAAGGUCUCGGAGCUAUGGAGAUGGACAAAUCUCAGACAUCUUCUAAUGAUGGUUCAUCUGGAGGAGGUGGAAACAAGAAAGACUCAAAAGACCUCACAAAUAUGGUUCGUUCAAUAGAUGAUGAUCCUGAUCAUGGUCACGAUGGCUUUCAUAUGAAAAUUGGUGAUAAAAAUAUUAAAAAACAUGCUCCAAAGGGUAAACAAUUGCACACCCACAGCCAAAUCUUCAAGUAUGCGUAUGGCCAACUGGAGAAGGAGAAAGCCAUGGAAGAAGACCAUAGCAACAUGACAUUUUCGGGUGUUAUUUCAAUGGCAACUGACACAGAUGUCAGGAGUAGACCUGUUAUUGAAGUUGCUUUCAAGGAUUUAACUCUAACUUUGAAAGGUAAAAAGAAGCAUCUCUUGAGGUGUGUUACUGGGAAGCUGAUGCCAGGUAGGGUUUCUGCUGUCAUGGGUCCAUCAGGCGCCGGCAAGACUACUUUUUUAUCUGCUCUAUUGGGGAAGGCAACUGGGUGCACAAGGACAGGAUCUAUCCUUAUAAAUGGAAAGAAUGAAUCCAUCCUUUGUUACAAGAAAAUUGUUGGGUUUGUGCCACAAGAUGAUGAUACUGUGCAUGGAAACUUGACUGUGGAAGAGAAUCUUCGAUUUAAUGCAAGAUGCAGAUUAUCCGCGGACAUGCCUAAAGCAGACAAAGUCUUAGUUAUUGAAAGAGUGAUUGAAUCGUUGGGACUGCAAGCCGUGAGAGAUUCACUGGUUGGAAGUGUGGAGAAGCGUGGGAUAUCUGGAGGUCAAAGAAAACGUGUUAAUGUGGGUAUGGAGAUGGUUAUGGAGCCUUCACUUUUGAUAUUAGACGAGCCCACGACCGGACUCGACAGCUCCUCUUCACAGUUACUUCUGAAAGCCUUGCGCCGUGAAGCACUCGAGGGGGUCAACAUCUGCAUGGUCAUCCACCAGCCAAGUUAUGCUAUGUUCAAGAUGUUUGACGACUUCAUAUUGCUGGCGAAAGGCGGUCUCACUGUAUACCACGGGCCAACGAAGAAAGUGGAAGAGUAUUUCUCUGGUAUUGGUAUCACGGUGCCAGACCGUGUCACACCUCCAGAUCACUACAUUGAUAUUCUGGAAGGGAUAAUAAAACCAAGUAACAAUAUGAGUCAUGAAGAGCUUCCGGUCAGAUGGAUGCUACACAAUGGUUACACGGUCCCUCCUGAUAUGUUGGAGCUAUGUGAUCAAAUUGCCAAGGGUGGUUCGUCGUCGUCUGAGAAGAAAACCCAGAUGGGUGAUCUGACAGAUGAUCACCAUGCAGUCGAGGAAGAACACUCUUUCGCCGGGGAAUUGUGGCAGGAUGUGAGAUGCCAUGUAGAGCUACACAAAGAUCAAGUUCAUCUCAACUUUCUUCAGUCGAAGGACUUGUCCAAUAGAAGAAACCCUAGCAUACUUCGUCAGUAUAGAUAUUACCUUGGUAGGGUUACCAAACAACGACUAAGAGAAGCUAGACUACAAGCAGCUGAUUUGCUGAUUUUAUUACUAGCUGGAGCCUGCUUAGGAACACUUGCCAAAGUGGAUGAUGAAACAUUUGGGUCUACAGGCUACACUUAUACUGUCAUUGCUGUCUCAUUACUAUGCAUGAUUUCUGCAUUGAGGUCAUUCUCUCUUGACAAACUACACUACAUGAGAGAAAGUGCUUCUGGAAUCAGCAGCCUGGCUUAUUUUCUAUCAAAGGAUACGCUGGACCUUUUCAAUACAAUACUCAAGCCUCUAGUAUACUUGUCCAUGUUUUACUUCUUCAACAGCCCAAGAUCAACCUUUGAAGACAACUAUGUGGUUUUGCUAUGUCUUGUGUAUUGUGUCACCGGCUUGGCUUAUAUCUUCGCCAUCUAUCUUGAACCUAGUUCAGCUCAGUUGUGCUCAGUUUUGGUUCCUGUCGUUUUGACUCUGGUUGCCACCCAAGAAGAACAGACAGGGUUGGUGAAGUAUGUAGGGCGUUUGUGCUUCCCCAAAUGGGCCAUGGAAGCUUUCAUCAUUGCAAAUGCCCAAAGGUACUCAGGUGUCUGGCUACUAACUCGUUGUGCUUCAUUAAGACAAAGCAACUAUGCUCUCAGUCACUGGUCUUUGUCUUUAUCCCUUCUCAUCCUCACUGGAGUAAUUUCUCGUUUUGUAGCAUACUUCUUAUUGAUAACAUUCCAGAAGAAAUGAUGUGUACGUAGAAGAAAAUACAUGUAGUUAAUUACCUCACCAACCUUGGUACUCACAUACAUUAUUUGUACAUAUCAGAAAUGUACAUUUUUGUUUUACUGUAAAAACAUAUGAGCAGUUAGCAAGUAAAGACUAUAACAAUGGUUUAAAAAAGGUGGUAAGAAAAGAAAUUAAAUUGUUUCAAAAAAAAAAAUUACUAGCAAAUAAUAGGUUAGGUGUACAUGUAUAAGCGAGAGAAAUUGAUUAAUUAGUCUAGAAUUCUUUUGUUUUUCUUAGAAAAACUAUAAAUGUAAAAUGUACAAGAAAAAGAACUGAAAGAGGAAGAAAAUUCAUAGGAUGUUAAUUUUAUGUUAUGUAUCUUUGGUUGAUCAAAAUAAGUAUAUCGAGUACUCUUCUCUCGGUAGUUAAGAAUGUUUAGCAACUUGCGAAAUUGUGGUGAUUACGUCAGUUACGUUUAUUAAACUUCUAAGCUUUUAUUGGUAGGGGGUAGAUUACACUGCUUUCAUAUUGUCACAUUAUAUUCUCUGCAUCGUACAAUUUGUAUGGUGACGUACAAUUUUAAUUACCAAACACAUGUUUUCCAAUGUGUUUGAUCUUUUUACAAUUACAUAGUUUCCAAUAACCAAUGAUAGUACGGUCCGACUAUAUUGUUCAUUAAUUCCAACACUGCUCUUUUUUGAAUAUUAGUGAUACACAACUUGCAAAGCAACUUGUCCAAUCAAAAUCUUAUUUGAAUGCAUUAGUGAUUAAGUUUGGUGAAAUAUGAUGUUUAUGCAUCUCUAGAAUCUCUUUUGCCUGAAACAAUUAUCAUAAGAAAUAAUAAUCUAGGUCCACAUGCUUACUCCUUUCGUGCAUGGUAUGUUGGGUAUUGUCGCUAAGAAUAACCAGACCUAGUAUUUCAAAAUAAGAUUCUAGAGCUUUAUUUUUUCUUUUUUUGAGAGAAAAGUAUUUGUCUAUUAUCCAUUAAAUGAUUGUACUACAAGCAGGGGCUAACUGGGUACACCAUAAUAAAUUAAUGAUGUGUGUGACUCAAUGUAACAUAAUGUUCAAAAGUCAUUCUUGACGAACUUUUUUUUUUAUAAUCUGGGACUAGUGGUGGAAGUUUCUGAUUUCCUAGAGCAAAGAACUAAUACAUGGUUCUCAUAAUUUAUCAAUCAUAAAGUAAGAAAGGUUCU